UCAUACACAAGACCAAAUACAAUACUGAUGAAAUUAUUAAAAUAAAGAAUAAAUAUGUGACGGAUCUUUAUAAAUGAAUCGAGUUAAAGCUUCAUUUUAAAUCCUUCUAUCUCUAUUUCCCUCACAUUUUCCUUUCAUUUUCUUUCCACCAGAAGAAGCUAUUUCCUUUUCUUUUUUCUCAAUCAAUCAAAGAAUUCUCUGAACAACUGUUAAUUAUUCUGUCAGAUAUAUUUCAAGUUUCUGAAGUUGGAAUAGUGAAGAAAUGGAGAGAGAUUUCAUGGGGUUGGCUGUAAAACAAGAAAUACCUGAAGAACAGCCCACAGAUCCAGCAAUGGCCAGAAUUUCGGCUAUAUUGCAGAGGUCAUUCUCUAACAAGGCUCUUCCUCAAUACCUUUCUUUCAAAAAUGCUCAAGGGAAUACUCCUAAGACUGGUUUUGAUUCUCUUGCAUCAGCUGGAUUGGUUACUAUAACCACAAGUCAUGAAGCUGUUGACUCGAAUUAUCGACCAUACACUGCUGUAACACAGAAAAAUUUGAUGCUUGAAAAGCAAGGGAUAACGAACUAUACAAUGACAACUUACCCUCCACAUAAAAUUGGUACAAAUUCAGUUCAGCAAUCUCAUGAAGUCAGAGUACUCCCAGUUGCUAAUCAAACACAUCAGAUUUCUGUAUCUACGAGAAAUAUGCAUGGUCGUCAGCCCUUAAUUUCUCCUGCUGGACAGAAUUUGAUUUCUAUAAUAAAUCAAAAUCCUGCUAGAGGUGCCCAAAUAUCAAGCUCCAUUUCCAUUCUUCCUAAUCGCAAUGGAGUGGUGGGCACUACUGAAUUGAGGGGUGCUCCCAAGACUUCAGCAGGACCUGCUCAGCUGACCAUCUUUUAUGCUGGUUCAGUCAGUGUUUACGACAAUAUUUCUCCAGAGAAGGCUCAAGCUAUCAUGUUACUUGCUGGCAAUGCACAACCAGCUGGUAUUCCAAGUACAACAUCUACUGCAUCUCCAGUUCAGAGAAUUCCUAAAUCUUCUUCUGUUGAUGCUUUUGUUGGAAACAAAUGCCAUAGAACUACAUCGCCUAGUUUUUCCAGUCCCAUUCCUAUAACCACACACGGCGCCUCUCAAUCUAUUGGAGUGUCUAAUAAUACGAAUCAAAUAACUAUGAGUAUCAGGUCAAUCGGAGUCCUGACUAAUUCUCCCUCUAACAAAACGGAGCCAUCUAAAGUCGUCCGUUCUCAGGAAUCUCAUCCUCCUAGCCAUACAUUAUCAGCUGUACCUCAGGCUCGCAAAGCAUCCUUGGCUCGGUUCUUGGAGAAGCGCAAGGAAAGGAUACUGAGUGCAUCACCAUACGACAAUAGCAAGCAAAGUUCACAAUAUAGUACACCUGGAUCUAGCAGCUGGAGCUUCUUUGUUAACUCUUCAGGAUCCAGUACUGUUCUUCCUGCUACUAUAUAGUUUCAAAGAUAGUGAAAUAUUGAUUAUUGAAGAUGGCAAGUCAAUGUAGAUGCGUGUUGAAGAUUGUAUCAGAAGAUUAUUCUAGUUAUAACAUUGUAUGGUUUUUGACCUAUAUACUUCAUUAUAUAUCAAGCUAUUAGAUGCGAUCGUUAUAGAUUUUUCUUCUUCUUGUAAUUGUGAUAGGGAUUAGGGAGCCUUUUCAUCCGAAAAUAUUGGCCUUUGUAGGUUUUUGACUGUUUCUAGUGUAAAGAAAAGGUGUUUACUCCGAAAUUGGAUAACAAUUAAAUUUAUACGCA